CUAGUCGCGCGUUUGCAAAGCGUACAUCAGUAGAAGCAUCCGCUGCUCCAGCGCUGUCUUUCGGCCGUAUUCGUGGAAACCGCUGUGGUGGUCUUCGUAUUACACGUCUUGUCAUUCCAUCAUUGCCUGCAAAAGACGGGAGUUCCCUGUGAGGACGCCAAGAUGACGUUACGAAUGAAACCCUUCUGCCAGGUCAUUGAUGGUGUCAAGCGUUGUCCACUGAUAACAACGGAGCGUCUUGCCGAUAUUAUGACAUUUGUGCCCCAGAAAGGGGACGUGCUGCAGCUGUCGUACCCUAAAACAGGAUCUCACUGGAUUCAAUUUACGGUGCAGACCAUCCUACAAGGAGGCACGGUAGUAGAAAGCUACGACGAUUUCACGAUGGUAACUUGCUUGCUUGACUACAUUGGUUUGCAGGACUGGGAACGGCCUUCCACGAUACCCUUCGGUUUGUAUAUGUCACACGUACUCCCUCCGUCUGACAACUUCAAUUCAGAAGCCAAGUACAUCUACGUCGCUCGGAACCCGUGGGACUGCUGCGUCUCAUUCUAUCACAUGGUGAAGGCGCUCGACAUCUUCUGUUUCAAGGAGGGAACUUUCGAUGACUUCUUCGAGUGCUUUAUCGAAGGGGAUUUCGGUUAUGGCGAUUACUUCGAGCACCUUCUUUAUGGAUACGGCCUGAAAAACAAGCCUAACGUACUGUUCCUCACUUACGAGGAAAUGAAGGCAGACACUGGAGCCACGGUGAUGCGCAUAGCUCGUUUCCUCGGAAAAUGCUACGCGGAGGCACUGGAAGAGAAUAAUCUAGCCUUGGACAAACUGCUAGAAAAGCUAACGGUGGAACGCAUGAAGGGAAUCUUGGUGCUUAACCUUGCCGGCCAUAAGAACCCGAACGUAGAUGCAAGGAUCAAGGAGCGCAAACUGAUGACAUCUGAAGGUUUCGACGGGUGCCCUACCAUGAUGCCUUUUGUAAGAAAGGGUGAAGUAGGUGGCUGGAGGAGCUAUUUCAGCGCGGAGCAGCUGCGUCGCAUGGAAGAGACGAUCGUGCAGAAAACUUGCAGUUCGGAUGUUAUGGAUAUCUGGGCGGAAAUGCGCGAAGAGGCACGACGCCUCUCCAGGGCUUAGAAGUGAGCCUUGCGCUAAUUACUGAGGACAACUUACUCGGAGGAAAAAUAAAAAUAAAAAAGUGGAAGCAGACCGAAAAAUUUGGGACUGAUAUAUAGCGACGAUUUCUGAGUGCCUAAAGAGCUUAAACGCGGGUACAUGCACGCAUUUACGCAUGCACGUACGCACGUACGUACGCACGCACGCACGCACGCACGCAAUCAUGGGAGCACAGAAAUUAUACCGGGCCAGUUGUUCAGUGCAGUUGCUGACUACUAAGGAGCAGGACGGAUGCCUUGAACGCAUCAUGGUUUUAGGCGCAGCAUGCGCAUGCCUGUGUAGCACAAUUAGAAUCCGUUGCAUCAUGGACGCCGCGGUUGUCUCCACUCUGUACGGAACGGCGGGCGAGGAGGACAACGAGGCGCCGUAGCAGCUGCCGGAGAAGAAUGCCACUCUUCCCUCGCCUCACCCCGCUGCCUUGCGCGCCACAUGAGAGUGCACGGAAUCCGGGCCGCGUUCCUCGCUCGCGCACGCGAGAUGGAACCGCGUUCGCCGGCUCACCCUCAUACGCUUUCCUCACGGCGACUGCGACGCCGACACUGACGGCGACGGCAGAAAUGCGCUUGGAGUAUCCAUAUAACUGCUAUCGCAAUAAAAUACCAAUUACGAAACGGCAAGAAGUGCGGUUUGCUACACGUUGCAGCACUCUUGUACGCUUUCCUAUGGGAGCAUGAGCUGAAGUCCGCAAACAAGACUGGUUAACUAGCAAGAAGGCGUUUAUUGAUUCUCGAUACCAACCAACCUGCUCUCAAAGCUCGUCUAAUCAUUUCUCGGUACAGCGUUAACAAAUUUAAUCUUUUCGUACAAUUUCCUGUGUUUUCUCCACUUUUCAUUAUCUGAGUAUAGAAAGUGGUGGGCCGUGAUAAGUGGCACCAAGAUCUUGCCGCUCUAAACGAACAGCUAAUUCGCCAAUUGCUGCUAAAUGCGUACAUGACGCUUAUACUGACAUGUACCACAAGUGGCCCAACCUCAUACAAACAAAAGUUCGACCGUGCAAUAUCAACAGCAACACACUUUGUAAGAAACAUGGCAUGUGUCGCACGCCUGAGACGCAGUGUAAGUACUUAGGAAACUGUCUUGAGCUAUUGCUACCAUGCGUCGUUGUUGCGAAUACAUAUCAGAACAACGCUUGUUAUGAUCUGAUAUAUGGUGUCCCAGCUCGCGUUAGCCAAACUGUAGAACGAAAAAAAAAAAAAGACAUGCUGGAAGAUACAAUUUUAAGGUGCAUGGUGUUCAGUCGUAAGAUCUCUAACCACCAAACACAGUGUGCGUUAUAACCCUGUCUUGCACCGUGUUCUUAAUCUCCUUUUUUCGUUGAGCAGCUUGGCAAACCAUAGCUGUGACACAUCGCAUGUACAGAUACAUUAUUAUACUUCUUGAAAAAAAAUGGAAUAAAUC